AUGGAACGGUCAGUUGCAUGUACAAUGAAGCAUAACACCACAAAAUCAACAUGCAGUUUCGGUUUUCUUGUUUUAGAUUUAAACUUGAAGACAACACCAAUACUUUUAAGACCAAUAAUGGGAGCACAGAUACGUCACUUUCAGCCAUGUCAAAGGGAAUGGGUUAUCCGUAUUCCGGAUCGUUAUGUAUCUAACGGAGCAGUAGCUCGGAAGACAAUGGAACUCGGAGAAAUGAAUCUUGAAGUGGAACUUGAAGAUGAAGAUCAAGAAUGUAUACAUCAUUGA